AUGAUGUCUUUCAAUCCUCUCUCUAUCAAAGCUGUGGUGCUUCUGACUGCGGCUAUCGGCGUCAUCGCCAACCCCGUCCUCAAAGACCGAGCCAUCUCUUGCGAUGUCGUCCGUUGCCCUUCUGGCACCGUUUGCCAAGUCAUCGAUAACGUUGCGCAGUGUGUUGGCGGCCAGAAAUGCGGCACGGCUGUCUGUGGGGCCGGCUUGGUAUGUUGCAACGCCCUCUGCAACAUUUGCACCAAACCCGGCCAGUUCUGCAUCCAAGGCUGCCCGGUGACCGACCCAGUAGUUGAAGCUUCAGCUGGCCCAGUCUGUGGUUCAAAGACUUGCGCAACGGGCGAGGUGUGCUGCAACCCCCUCAUGGACAUUUGCACCAAACCCGGCGAGUUUGUGGUGCGAACACUUGCGCAUCGGACGAGGUAUGCUGUAAUGCGAGCUGUGGCAAAUGCGCCAAACCUGGAGUCGCCUGCACCCAAGAAGCGUGCGGCCCAGUGUGCGGUCCAAACACCUGCCCAUUCGGCGAAGUAUGCUGCAACGAUAGCUGUGGCUAUUGCACCAAGCCAGGCGGGUUUUGCACCCAGGAAUUAUGCUCUAAGGCGACUGAGGCUCGCGCAACCUGCGGUCCGAAUGUCUGCGCAUCUGGACAGGUAUGCUGCAACAGUAGCUGCGGGGUCUGCACUGCUCCAGGCGUGA